UCUGCCUUAAUGGCAAUGUCGCGGCACCGCUGCUCAGUAUCAAGUGUCAAAGAAAUCGCGAGUUUAAAGUGAUUGCUCAUAUAUUAGCCAGUUAUUUAUAGGGCAUUUGGGGAUUUUAUGUUUUUUUAAUGUCCUCGCAGACGAAGCAUUGUUUCCGAAAGAUGGCUUGUAGCGGAAAAGCCAAUCUUUUGUGUAAAGUUUCCUUUUUCCGGACAGUUGCUUGAUGAAGAAGUGAUCCUAGAAUUGCGUUUGCUGAAAGGGUUGAUUUUUGAUUUCUGGACAUGAAAUGAUGCCUGCAUAGACUCAUUUUUCAGAUGCAAAUAAUCCAAAAUGGGUCAGGACAUUAGCAAGAUAAAAAAGAAUAAUGCUCCCUUAUCCGAAUUCCGGAAGAAUAAAUUGCUGUAUGAAUUUAACACAUUUUAUGAUUUAAACAAAGACGGAGUUAUAACGGAAUCUGAUUUUUUUAUGGUUCAAGAGGUAUGGAAAUAUUACGUGUGCAAACUCAAUGGAUGGGCUCCAGACUCGGAGAAAUAUGAAAUGACAGAAGACUUGUUUAGAUCAAUCUGGAAAUCCCUAAAAUCUGAAGCUGAUGCAGAUGAAGAUGAUGCUGUCACAGCUGAGGAAUGGGUGAAAAUGUGGGAAAUCUUAGAUGAAACUUUAAGAGGAGGCAGCAGUGCUUUACCAGAAUGGCUAACUACCUACUUGUGGUGUAGAUUUAAUAUUUACGACAGAACAGGUGAUGGGGCUAUAGAUGUGGAGGAAUUUGCUUAUAUAUUAGAAAACUUUGGAAUACCAGAAAGGCAAUCAAGGCAAUGCUACGUCAUGAUGACUCUGAACGACACAAAGCCAUUGGAUUUUGCUUAUUUCUGUGAACUGGCUAUUGAGUAUUAUACUUCGGAUGAUCCGAGUGCAUUAGGAAAUUUCAUAACAGGAAGGUUGAAUUUUUAGGAAAUGACUCAGAAAAGUGUGAGGAAUGUGAAGGCGAGUUAUUUGAAAGUGGAAGAAAUGUAUGGCAAGCGCAAUGAAUUGCUACUAGGGAAAAGAAUUUUCCUUACUUAAAUAUAAUACUUUCGAAUUUUUCUUUUGUAACAAGUUUUUUGAAAUUUCUCUGACGUUAAACUUAUUUAAAAAUAUAUGUACUUUUUUUAA